GAAGACACUUUAUGAUUCCAAAGUUGAAGCUUUGUAUAUAAACCCCUGAAUAUAAUCAUAAUUGCUUGUUUCUGCCCUGAAGUUUCGAGUUUAGCUCAUUCAAGUAGUCAAAUAUGUCAGUUAAAUAAGCCAACCUCCAUUGAAAUGUCUAAUUUUUGGACAUUGUCAAGAAAUCGAGUUUUUCUUUAUACUCAAGAAAAAGAAUUACCUCUUCUUUCGAUUCAUAAAGGCGAGCCAACAUGUUGCCUUUGGACAGCCAGCGUACUUCUGUAUUUAAUAGAAGAACCUUGUGAUCAGAAUCGAGAUCCUCGCAAAGUAAAGUAAAAUCCUUAUAGCCGAGUCCAAAGUCUGGCAUAAUUUCUGUGGCAAUGUUUUGGAAGCCAAAGCUUGCCGAUGAAUAACACAAUGUGUACUAACCUAUG